AUGAAGAGCACAAGCAGAUCUUGCUUGCAUGCAGCAGUUCCUCCUCUCCCCAAGCUCCUGCUAGUCCUUCUCCUCCUGAGCUCUAUCGAAAUGGUCGUCGGGCUUCGAGCAAGGAAGCUACUGUUGUCGCCACCACUGAAAAACAAAUCAGCUCUCUGUUCAGAGCAAGAAGUGCCAUUGUUAAAGAUCAGAAUUGUGACUAGGAAGUUACUUUCGUUGUCUCAGAGCAAAAAAAUUUCCAGUUCGGAGCAAGGGAAGUCAUCACUAAAGAUUGACACUGGCAGUGGUAGUACUAGUAGUAGUAAUAAUAGGAGUGUCAUCAUGCCUGCGAAGCAAGGAAUGGUGAGCAAAAGGAGGAUACCUCCUUCAAGAUCGAACCCUACACAGAACAAGUCGAGGAAUCCUUGAGAAAACAUACAACGACGACGAUGAAGCCUGCAGAGUAGAGUAGAAGAGUUAGUUAAAGCUUUAGAUUAGUAGUGUCUUAGUGUUGGGUAGCUCAGCCUUUUGAUCAUUUGUGUUCUUCUAGUCCUAGAGAUGGAUAGGAGAAUAGUUUUAUUGUAAUAAGCUGAAAUGAUUGAUCAUUCAAGAUGGUAAAGCUGAAUCAAUGAAUUUCCUAUCAAACAA